AUGAUCGGCCUCCACAUUCCCAAAGCUGCUCUAAUCAGCUUCCUUUUCACGCUUGGAUCGACGUGUGCCCAGGCCGCACCUCUCCAAGUCACCCUCUCUGACAACCUUACAACAUGUCAGCCCAUGAAAGUCACAUGGGACACAUCAGUCGGCACGGCACCAUGGACCGUCACAGUAGCACCGCUCGGUCAUGUUCCUCUCUCCGUCUCACUACCAUCCAACUACAUGUCCAGCAAAUCAUGGCACUGGGACUGGCACAUCCCAGGCUACACAACACCCGUCUCUCAGGUCAUCGUCGCAGUUUCCGAUAGCACUGGUAGAGUCAGCGGCACUUCAGCCUUCUCCAGACUCACCAAGGCCGGAUCUUGCUCAGCACCACCAGAACACCUCGACUUUAUCUGGUACCCACCGUCAUUUGCACCACGACAAUGCCAAGAUUGGCGAAUCACAGUACAAGAGGAUCGUGGCAAUCUCGGUCUCAAGAUGCCGGUCGAUCUCUUGAUCCUUCCUGAGAACGAUGUGCCCACUCGACUUCGCAUCGCAGAUCAGAAACAUAGCAGUGUAGAUUGGAUGGUCAACUAUGCUCGGGGUACCAAAUUUGCUAUUGCUUCCUUUGACGCGGGGACGUCAGGGACAGGUGGUGUUGGUGGUCAAGCGUACACCGUCGGGGAUGCAAGGUCGACCUCGUGCAUCGGUGUUACUCAACGAGAGGCUGUUGCAGGGCUUCCAGCUGCGUCAAGUACUGCGGCGCCAGUUGCAGCAGUAACUGCGGGGUCAGCACCAUCACGAAUGGCAACAUCCCGCGUGCCAUCAACGGCGACGGGUACCAAUGCCAAAGCAACUUCUACAUCGACAUCUGCAGCAAAAGUAGAUGCCGCCACAUCAGGGCCAGGCCCUUCCAAUGGCCUCAUUGGUGGCGCGGUGGGUGGUGUGUUCGCUGCAGUCUUAGUCACUGGAUUGAUCAUCUGGUUCUACCGCAAACAGCGCAACACAAGGGGACCAGACGAGUACGGUGUCUACCCAAGCGUCGAGAAGCGUGGCUUUUUUGGCGGGUUCGGUUCAGGUCGUUUUGCUGAUCGAGUCGGUUUCAGCGGUGGAGCGCCUAAUGGUGGCCGCUUUGGCGCGUCCACCGAUCAACAGGGCGGUAUCUCUCCGUUUGUCACCGGACGAUCUUCGCCAUGGAGAUGGUCGUCGAGAUCCGUCCGACUUUCCGACAACCAAGACAUGGCGCAGGUCACCGAGGAUCGAAGGGUCAUUGUCAACCGUAUGAACGAAGCAGGUAGCUCUGUAGGCCAUUCCAGUUCAGUCAGCUUGCACAGGGGAAGGGACUCGAUGGGUGGCAGCGCUGGUGGUGUUACUGGUCUCAAUCUUGCACCGAGCGUGCAUUCGGUCGUUCCUGAUGAUGCUCUCUUCCCGCCACCUAUGUCGAUGAAUAAAGCGAUGAUGCCCAGUAACAGCGGCUCGAGUAGCAACUUUGGCGCAGGUGUAGGAGCAGGUGUAGGAGCUGGCGUUGGUGCUAUGGGGAUGAAGCAAAAUUGCAACAGGGAUCGUUCGGACUCUGGCAGUUCGAUGCAGCGUGAUCCAUUCCGCAAUCCUGCGAACGUAAUCACUCCUCCGUCCAAGGAAACUCCUCUGCCUUCCUUCAGCCAAGAGCAGCAGCAAUACAACUCACAACCACAACAAUCCCCCUCCUCCUCCCAGUCUCGCCAACACCCAGCAUCGCGCGACUCAAUGGCAGCAAUCGCAGGCCUCCCCCUCUCCCCAUCCUCUAACUACGGAGCUCAUCGUUCCCGCGAUCUGACAGGCACCAUCCCAACCAAUAACCCCUUCUCAAACCCUCCUCACAUCGAAGAGCAAAUCCUUUCCACAAUGCGCAUCCCCCCACCAGCCCCAAUCACUACCUCCCUCUUCGACCCAUAUUCCCACGCCUCACGCCUAUACUCAAACGAAGAAGUAGCCCAACUCAACGUUGCUCUCAACGCCAACCGAGACGAACGUGCAAAUGCUGCUACACCUACUUCGUUCACUUCAACGGGUAGCGGACCUAGAUAUGUCGACCCCAAGGAGUCAGCUGCGAGAUUUAGGACAUUGGAAACGCAGUUGUUGAAUGAAAGGAAGAAGGUCGUUUCGAAUGUUUAUAGUGAUUUGUCGGAUGAUGAGGGUGGCUUGCCGUACAUGUCCUAG